AUGGGGCCGGAAGUGGCUGUUGCACUUGCGGUGGUGGGAUGGUUCGUCUCGCCGCACAUAACCAAGUUUAUGGAGGUCGCACGGUCCUGCGCUUCCAGCAAGUACAAGCUGCCAAGGGGCAUGAGGAAGAAGCUGCUGAAACUGGCGCGAGAUCUGGGGGACAUCAAGGACUUCCUGGAUGAUCCAGCUAUUAUGGGGGGCUCCGUCAACGACAGGACCUGGGUCAACCGUCUGUGGAGUCUCAAGGAUGCCAUCCAUGACGCGGAGGAGAUCCUGGACUUGUUCGAGUCGCAUAUCCUUGAGGCCGAGGCGGCUAAAAACCUUAAGAAGCGCUCCGGCGGUGGUGGUGGCAGUGCUAGCAGCAGUGGCAGGAAAUCCGCAUAUUCUUGGUGGAUUUUCACCACCAACACCGGUGGUCCGUCACUGAAUCAGCUCAAGGAAGUGCUCAAGAAUCUAGGGGAGCUUCGUGAGAGGAUGCGAGAGCUCUGCGAGAAUCCCAGCACUCGGCGUGCUGUACUUUCUGCACUCUGCAGAGCACCCUUGGGCCCGGAGCCAGUAAGGGAAAAGAAGCUCUUCUUCGGGUACCGCGACGAGUAUGAGCAGCUAGUCUCCAUGCUCGGGGACGGCAACUGCAAGGACAAGAAGGUUAUCUCCCUCGUAGGCCAUGGCGGGAUGGGGAAGACCGAGCUUGCUCGCCAGGCGUACCGCCAUGUCAGAGGCAAGUUUGAUCGGCCCAUAUGGGUGCCUGCCUACGGCAAGAAUGCUCAGUUCGACCUUCUGGCAGAGAUUUGGAAGUCGGCCGUCGGCGAAAAAUCAGUCCAGGAGAUGAACAUUUCUAGCCUUCAGGACAAGCUCAAGGCACAACUGGCAUCCCAGAGGUGCCUGCUUGUGCUGGAUGAUGUAUGGAGCCACGAAAAGGACAUCAACGAGAGCGAGAGAAGGAAUGCGCUGCGCUGCUUCACUGAUUUCGUGGGCGUCGGGAGUCGCAUCGUAAUGACGACGCGAUCCAGGAUUUGUUCGACGAAACUAGGCGCACAAGAAACCAUCUUCCUGAAUGGGAUCAAACCUGAAGAGAUGAUGCUUCUGCUCAACGACACUGCAAAUCUCAGCGCCGAUGGUACCAGCGGCAUCCAGGGGGUGCUCAAGCUCAAGGGGUCCCCUUCGGCGGCCAUAGAGAUCGGCGAGAAGUUGAAGGCACGAAAGGCAGGCUGCGGGCGCGAGCGGCGCGGAGGCAUCUUGGAAAACAUCGAAUGCCACAUCGCCGGCGUAGUAGCAAGCCAUCUCGCCAGCUAUGACCAUCUGCCACCGCACCUCCAGCGUUGCUUCGCGUUCUGCAACAUAUUCCCAGACAGUUGGAGGUUUGAGCCUGAGAAGCUGAGCAAGAUGUGGAUGGCUCUUGGUUUCGUCGAGGAGAAGGCCCAUCAUCCUCAGGUUGGAAAUGGGAUGAGCAGCAUGGAAGACGUUGCCAGAGGCUACUUCCAAGAGCUGGUGGACCGCUCCUUGUUCGAGUCGUUAGAACAGAGCAAGGGCGGAGGAGACAAACAUAAUCGUUACGUGAUUCACGAGCACAUUCAUCGGAUGAUACGUGAUGCCUCCUCCAAGAACUGCAUAAGCAUCUCUCGUGCGAGCACCGCAGACAAGACGAGCAUCCCUCCAAGGGUUCGCCACUUGUCAGUUACCAGCGGCUGCCUUGAUCAGCUGAAUGAGUACUCCAUAGGACUCGGCAAUCUGUGGACCUUGAUAGUUGAUAGUCCUAAAGGAUGA